CUUUAUAUGUAUACAUAUAUAUAGUCAUAUAUCUCAAAUGAUCAUAUACAUCAUUUAUAAGAAUACGAAUUUUGACAUCUCAGAUUAAUUGAAAGCAAUUUUAACUGGUUGGCAACAAAUGCAUAUUGUAUCUUGUUAUAUUGCAGUUAAAUAUUGAGGAAUGGCUGAAAAUACUACUGCAUCAAAUGCAGAGGAAAAAGCUAUUUCCUCAGCUAUGACACAAUGUUAUGAGAAUUAUAUCAUAGUUGAUGUUGGUGCCAAUCUUACUAAUAAAAAAUAUAGCAGAGAUUUAGAUAGCGUAAUUCAAAGAGCAAAGGAUGCAGGGGUACAAAAGAUUAUGGUAACAGGUGCAAGUAUUCGUUCUAGUAAAGAGGCACUAAGAUUAACUAGGAUAUAUCCUGGUACUCUUUAUUCUACUGCUGGUGUGCACCCUCAUGAUGCAAAAUCAUGGGAAAAUCCUGAUACUUUGCAAGAACUUGAAAGCAUAGCUAAUAAUCCUGAAUGUGUAGCAGUAGGAGAAUGUGGCUUAGAUUAUAGUCGUGAUUUUUCUGAUCCUGAAACACAACGUGCUGUAUUUCAUAAACAAGUAGAACUUGCAUGUCAAUUAACCAAGCCACUUGUAAUACAUGAAAGAGGUGCUCAGACAGAUGUUCUAGAAGUUUUGAAUCACUAUAAAAAUUGUUUACCACCAGUUUUAAUCCAUUCAUUUAUCGGAACUGCAAAGGAAGCACAAAUUUAUUUAGACCAUGGUUUUUAUCUAGGAAUUACAGGAUAUUUAUGCAAAGACAAAUCUGAUAGUGGAAUAAGACAACUAUUGGAAAAAAGACUUGCACCUCUAGACAGAAUAUUAGUAGAAACAGAUGCUCCAUUCAUGUAUCCUAAUACUAGAGCCAGCAAAUUACCUGUACAUGUUAAAGAUGCUCUAACUGAACGAUCCAUGACAUUUCUUCAUCGUUACUGUACUUUUCAACGUAACGAACCAUGUGCCUUACCAGCAAUAGUGGAAAUGGUAGCAGCAUUUAUGCAAAUUGCUCCAGAAGAGGUUGCCUUAGCUACUGCUUUCAAUGCUUUGAAAUUAUUUGGUCUAAAUCAGUGAUAUUAAUAAUUGUUUUUUAUUCAGUAAAUGGUGCUACUGGGUGCUAUUUUACAUUUUAAUUAUUCUGUUAUCAAUAUAUUGUCUAUGUUUAAAAGCAUUACUUGUGUGUUUAUCAAAAUAUGUCUUUCAUAAUAACAAUACCAACUUACAUUUGUAUAACUUAUCAACAAUUAUAGGAGAGAAACAUGUCAUGAAAUACAUUAUUUAUACAUUAAUAACUAUUAUCUUCGAUAUAUAUGUUACUUAUAUUUACAUUA